AUGGGAAAAUCGGAAAAAUCGGAAGCAGAGCUUCGGGAGGGGGCAGCGAGCAAGAAGUCCGGAAUUGAUCAUGUCUACGAUCUCUCGAAAUGGAUCGGAUCCAUUAUGUCGGACAAGGAUUCCUCGGAUAUUACUCUCGUGGUUGAGGGCGAAGCUGUAUACGCUCACAAGAUCAUUCUCGCUGCAUCGUGUGAUUACUUCAGGGCGCUUUUCCGUGGAGGAAUGAUGGAGUCGAACUUGGAAGAGGUCGAGCUGAAGGACGUCACAGCCCGAGGGUUCAACGCGGUGCUCAAGUACAUCUACACCGCGCGGUGGGAAUUGAAAUCAAUGGAUGUGGAGACGAUUCUGGAAGUUCUUUCCGUGGCAGAUCUCUAUGGACUUCAGAAGAUGCGAACAUCACUCUGCGAGUAUCUCGAGGAAAUUAUGUCCACCGACAAUGUCUUGCUAAUCUGCGACUCACUUGAGCCGCUCAGCCUCAAGCACCUGCAUGAAGUUUGUGCCCAUUUCAUGGAUCAAGUCCCACAGGCAGUUCUCGAGAGCGAGGCUUUCUGUACUUCUCGAGCGAGUACUUUGAGUCGAAUUCUAUCGCGUGAUUCUUUCUGCGCGGAGGAGAUCGACAUCUUUAGGGCUGUGACUCGUUGGUGCAAGAAAAAUCCUGACCCAGAAGACCAGGCCGAAGUGCUGGGUCGGCUUCGACUACCACUCAUCCCGACGAGAAGUCUUCUCACUGAGGUCAAGAGCUCGAGUCUGAUAACGACGGAUCGAUUGAUCGAAGCCAUCCAGAUGCGGGAGUGUCAUUCAGCAGAUCUGCCUCUCCGGGGCGUCCUGACACAAGGACAGAAUCUCGCCACCAAAGAAGACGGGGCAAAGAUGCUCAUUAUCGAAGAGGACGGUUCUGAAGUUUUCGCUCUCCCGGAGGCUUACCGGCGCUGCCACAGCGAAGAUAUUCCCGAAUAUUACUUGACCAUGGACCUGCCGGUCCAAGAGGCGUUCACAGUUGCGCUCGGCCAAGCCUUCUACGUCGACUAUAUCUCGUUUCGAAUGCGUAAGGGAAGCUCGGCGAGUUUCGGGUACCACGUCGAGGUCUCGGUUGACCUCGUGGAUUGGAUCCGUGUCUUCAAUCAAUCCGAAUUAGUCUGUCGCUCUCUCCAAAGACUUCACUUCAAGCCGAGAAUGGCUCGUUUCAUUCGACUCCACUACCACGAGCUCCCGUGGCACGAAAACGCUCAUUUGUCCGAAUUCGAAGCGUCUCUUACUGGGCUGAGAGAUUUGAAUUUUUGCAAAGGGUACUACGCUCCUGCGGGGAAUGUCGCAACAAUGAGCUUGGGAGCUGCUGUCGUAGAAUGCUCGAGCGGUAUCGAUGAGAUGAUAGGUGGCAAGUCCAAAGACGGGCUCGCGGGAACAGGUUGGACCGAGCAUGAAAUAGGUGGCAAGCCGAUCAUCGUUCAGUUGUCGCAGCCGUAUGCCGUGAAUUCCAUCAAGGUUGAAAUUCGCUACAGUUCCGGUCAGCUUUAUCAGAAUAUGUGGUACAGCAUCUUCUGGCAGUUCGCUGCGGCGAAUGAUCUCCAAAUCGCACAAUGUGAUGUCACCACAGCGUUCCUCUAUGGUGAUUUGGAAGAGGAUAUUUUCAUGUGGCAGCCAGAGGGGCUCGAUGCCAAGACUGGUCGGGUGUGUAAACUUCAGAAAAGUUUGUACGGUCUGCGACAAGCUCCACUUCAAUGGGACAAGAAGAUCGCGAGCGAACUCUGGAAGCUUGGAUUGACCCCUUGCACAAGCGAUCCAUGUGUUUUCGUCAGGACCGAAGAUGAGCUCAUGUUUGCGCUAUAUGUGGACGACGGCUUGUGCGUUGCUCCUGAUAUGGCCACCAUCGAUGGAUUCCUCGACGAUUCACAGAAGACCUUCAAGAUGACACGAGGGAGAGCCGAUCGAUUUGUUGAAAUCGAGAUCGUGCGUGAUCGAGGGAAGAAGUCGAUCAAGAUUCAUCAGAAGGCAUACAUGCGGAAUGUGCUCGAUAAGUACUCGAUGACGGAGUGCAAACACGUAAGCACACCGUGUAUCGGUCAAGUUCCACCGAAGAACAUAGACCUUAACGGGAACGAGCUCGAAUCGUACAAAGCUCCCUAUCGGCAACUCAUUGGUUCGCUGCUGUAUGCUGCGAUCGCCACACGGGCCGACAUAGCUUCCGUCGUCAAUCAACUUUCGUAUCUGGUGUAG